AUGGAAGUGAGAAACUGCGGUUGGGCCGUGGUAAGAUUGCCAGAGCUGUUGGAGAAACUGAUAGACAUUGCGAAGGAGGAGGGGAUUCUAGUGAUUCCCAUGCUCCACCUCCUCAAUGGUUCCUCCAAACCCUUUGAACCAAUCCCUGUCACAAUCACACCAAGUUGCAAGACUUGGUCAGGUCUGCAAAAUACUUGGGCAGGUCUGCAAAAAGUGACCAACACUUCACAGAACAGCAACGACAGCAGAACCAUGUUGAAUCUCAUUAAAGCCAAUGGACAUUUAGUGGAGAUGGACAGACUAGCAAGCCGUUCCUGGAUGUGUCUACUGACCGUAGAGGAUCUGGUAGAAUACAGCUCCAUCGUCAAAGUUGAGCUCCUGGACAUGCUUCUUGUUUUUACUGUGAAGGCUCCUGUGAGUGUGUCCACCAGCAACUACGGGAAUUUCACUGCCACUCUUUCACAUAUUCAAAACCAUCUUAAAGAGCAAAAAUACAGUUGUUUCAAUGAUGGUUAUGGGAGUGAGUGCUUGGCAACAACAGUGGAACUGCUGAAGAAGAUAUGCAAUGGAGGCCGAUCCUCAAAAUUCACAGCCAUCCCUGUAGACUGCGUGAGCUUGUUAGUCUCAGUAUCAAACUUUUCCCAGUCCAAGACAUGUGAUGAGGGAGAAGACACUGUCCGUUCAAAGAAUCUGAGGCUGCUGUCUGAGUCGAUCGACAUCGUCAGAUCCUGGAUCAGUACGACCUUCAAAGACAAGUUGCGCGAUACCUCAGAGAUCAAGAUGUGGAAUACCAUCAUCUCUCUCAGUUUCGUCAAUGUGGAUUUCACCAAGAAAUGGAGACAAACCUUCUGUACGGAUUUAGAGGGCAAACUUAAACAGAUCUCCUCUCUGGAUCAAAUAGAGAUCUACUGCUCUAAGAUGGAGGAGCUGGAUAACUGUCAUCCUAACAUGACUUGUAGUAUUGAGAAAUGUGCUCUUGAAGCUGUCCCCUCAUUGUGCCAGAGUAAAUCAGAGGGGAAACUUUUUGAGAGGUUUCAGAUUAACAGGAAGUUUGGGAAACUCAUCUCAGCCAUUAUCCAGAAAACCUGGCCAAGAGAUAACCAUGGAAACAAGGAUGAGGUGGUCUUUCAACACCUCAUGACUUGGACUGCAGCCAAAAAUAUAUUUGAACUACAUGGUGCUGAUGAAAAGCUGAUUGAGCAGCUCUCUAAAGAGGCCACGGUCAAAAUCACUGAAGCAAUCUCAUCCUUCAAAGUUGUUUGUAACCAGCUGAUCAACGGAAGCAUCAAGAUCAAACUGCUCAACGACAUCUUAGAAAAGAAAGAUACUUUCACAGAGCUGAUGGAGAUAGAUUGUCUAUCUUUGAAUGAGAAGAACCAAGGCACGAACCGGGCCUCCGUGGAAACGCUCCUCCAUCUGAGGUCUGAGGAGGCUAGAGCUGUCAACCAUGAGAAGGAGCUGGUGGAAAUCUUGCUCACCAUGAGCCGCAAACUAAAUGAACACAUCACAGUUCAUUUUGGGGACAUGGAAAAGAGACAACUGACCAACAUCGAGGACAUGACCUUGGACCAGUUCAUGAAGGUUCACCCGUUUGACCAGCCCUCCUCUGGAAUGCAUGGUGUGGUUACCUACUUUGAUCUUGAUCAGAGUAUACGACAGAUGGCAGAUGUUUGGCACAUGUUUGGAGACAGCCACAUAUUCAAGAUGUUGUGGGAGAAACAGACCAAAGACUUUGCUUCUGAAUUUGAUUCCUUAGUAACACCAAAGGAGGUAACCAAUGGUAUUUUUAGACCUUGCUACGCUAAAUACAAGAAGUUCUACGAAGGCCUGAAGAAUGGCAGUCUCAAGCUUAAAAGGGUUGAUGUCCUCUUCAAUGACUACAAGGGCAAAUAUGAAAAGCUGGCAAUGGAUUUGGACAUUAUGUGCAGACUUAACAAGUCAGAUAACAAACACUGGAUCAAGGAAAGGGUCCAGCAGAUUGAGCAGUACCAUGGCCUUCACUUGGCUGUGAAGUCUGCUCAAGUUAUUAUGAAGGUCAAGGAGACCCUAAAUCUUCAAGGCGACUUCAAGGCCCUACAGACACUGCUAGACAUUAUGAGUGCAGAUUUGAAUGAAGAGCACAUUGAUCGGAUUGACAAUGACCUGAUGCAGGCCAAGACAGAUCUGGUGGACGUCACAGAACCUCGCAGACGAUGCCUCUUGGAACUUGGCCACGCAAAAGAUUUUGUCAUCUGGGUUAAAGAGGCUCUGAAAGAUAUCAAUGAGCUGAAAGUGUUUGUUGACCUGGCAUCCAUCUCUGCUGGGGAGAAUGAUCUUGAUGUGGACCGUGUGGCUUGCUUCCACGAUGCUGUUCAUGGAUACUCCUCAUUGCUCUUCGAACUGAAGCAAGAUUCCGGUUUUCAGACUGUUAAAGAGGUGAUGAAGAAGCUCUGGAGAACAUUGGAUAAUGAUUGCAACCUUCCAAAAAAGCUGCAUGACACAGCACGACACUUGGAGUGGUUGAAAACUGUGAAGGAUUUCCACGGGUCUGUGGAGCUGUCCUCCAUCUCCUUAGCAACCACCAUCAACAAAAAGGGCAUCUACACCAUCAGUGCACAGAACCAAGAGAAGUUGAGUCUUGAGACUGCCCUGAAGUUAAACAUCUCUGAGGAACAUGGUGAGGAACAGGAGAUUCGUUCCUACUCACUAGAGGACCUGAGGGAGCUGCAGAACAAACUCAUGCUCAUGUCUGGUAAAGGGGACCAGUCUGAGGUGAACCACUUUUCCGAGGUUUUCGCCAGUGUCCAGAGAUUGGCUGUGGCAUUCAUUGCCCUGUUUACAGCUGGGAACCCCCUGUUCCGAAACUGGAAAGCCAACAUCAAAUGUAGUUCACUCAGUGAGGAGGCUGACAUCGUCAUGGACUUUAACCUGGGCAGUGUUGUCAGUGUGAUUACGGUGGAGGGCAACAUCGUGGAUCAGCUCCCGGAGCUGUGCAGGAAGCUGGAGAAGUGUCUGAAGUACUGGAAUGACUUUAUGGACAAACAGAGAUCCCACCAUUACUACCUGAACUACUACAAUGCAGAGCAGAUAGUCUACCUGUGCAGUACGCUGACUCAGCAAAAUGUGGCCGAUUUUGAAGACCAAGUUCUCAUGAUGCUGUCGUUCGUCAAACCCAACUGCACGGCCUCUGAUCUGAGGCAGUCCCUCCAUGCACUGCGAAGUGAGAUCCUCACCAUACAAUCAGAGCAAAAUGAGGAAGUUGAAUUUCACACCUUUGUUGAAGUGUCAAGCAGUCUCAUCAAACAAGAGAUUGGCUCAGGAAAAGUGAAUCUGAUUUGGAAUGCCUACAUGAGAGACAUGAAGAACUUUCUUCCAGACACUCUUGAUGUCAGAAGCUUUGGAAGAUUUUUAGAAAUAUUGGCCAACAAAAAGGAAUAUAAAUAUUUGCCAACGAAAUGGAACGAAACACUUAUUCAAAGGGAUCUGCCCAAGGGCCUAGCUAUUGGGAGCCCAAACCUUAUUGUUUGCCCUCACGACGAGAUCCUGGCAUCUUGCAUCUCCAUUUACAUGAGUAGUGAACGUCAGCCAUUGCCUACUUAUGAUGAGGUGCUACUGUGUAACUCUACCACACCUUUUGAGCAAGUGGAGCUGUUCCUCAGGCGCUGCCUCACCCCAGGCUACAGAGGACAGAAGAUCUACACCAUGCUCUACGGGGAUCAGCUGAGUUAUGAAGUGAGCUCCAAAACCGAGAGAUUUUUCAAGAGUAUCACAAUGCAGUGCCGGAAAGACUACAGGCUUGUGAUCAUCUGCAGUUUGGAUCGAGAGCACACCUACCUUCCGUCAGCAUUCAGCCAGUACAGGCUACACAUGGUACCCCAGGAACCCCUGAUCAUGAUUCAGCGUUACCUGAACAGACACUAUACAGUCCCAGCAGACCAGACCAGUGCUGCUGCUGUGUUCAAAGACCGACAGUUUGUGGGAGUUGUGUCGUCCGAAAGAGCAGGAGUUGGUAAAUCCCUUUAUAUCAAGAGGCUAUUUGAAAAACUGAAGGACGUCUUCAUGAAGCCUACAGUGUUGAAAUGCAUUCGCUUGAUCAAGCCGACGGUUGACGAAAAUGUCAUUCUUCAGUCUCUUCUCAACAACCCUGGGAAGAAAGAGCUGACCAUCUUCCAUUUUGAUGUCACAUCUACUGUACAGAAGGGUCUUGAUGAAUGUCUGUUUAAACUGCUGGUCCUGGGCUAUUUGAUGGAUUCUGAGGGAAGGAUGUGGAAAUGCAGCAACAAGCAGUUGUAUGUGAUUGAGACUCUACAGUCUACCGUAAACCAGCACAGAAAUGAACCAACAAUGAAAGCACCUGUCAACUUUACCUUCCUGGCCGUGUUCCCAAACAUCUUCUGCCGCCCACCCAAUGAGAUUCUAGAGCUGGAAAUGAGGAUGCAACAGGAUCCCUCCAUUGCGAAGCCUGAAGGCCCACUUAUGGAUGACCAAGAGUUCAAGAGUGACGCUUACCAACGACCAUACCAAUAUCUGACGCGAUCCCAUAAUCACGUCAACUUGGACAGAUUUAUGUACAGUGGAGUUGAAGGGAGUCAUGUCAAAUGUCUCCAGUUGCUCCUUCUGUACUGUGGAAUUAAGGACCCCUCGUGGGGGGAGUUGAGGAAUUUUACAUGGUUCCUUAACCUUCAGCUGGGAGACUGUGAGACGUCCGUCUUCUGUGACGCCUCUAUCACCGGGGACACUCUUCAGGGAUUCAAGAACUUUGUGGUGGACUUCAUGAUUCUGAUGGCCAAAGAUUUCGCUACUCCUUCACUCAGCAUCUCUGACCAGAGCCCUGGGAAACAGCAGCCAACCGGAAUACAAGAAGAAGAAGACUUGGCACCGUUCCGGAUCAGAAAGAGAUGGGAGUCAGAACCACAUCCCUACAUCUUCUUCAAUGAUGACCACAUGUCAAUGACCUUCAUUGGCUUUCACCUUCAGACCAAUAAAGAAAACUGGGUAGAUGCCGUUGAUCCAUCCACGGGGAGUGUGAUCAAAAGAAACAUCAUGACCAAAAAACUGUUUGACGGCCUGACGCUGCAGAGAGUCCCUUUCAACAUUGAUUUCGAUGAACUGUCGAGACAGGAUAAAAUUGAAUGCAUUUGCAAUGUUAUGGGAAUCCAGCAGCAUCUUGAUCCCGAUGAAACAUAUGAGCUUACAACUGACAAUAUAUUGAAGAUGCUGGCGAUUCUCAUGCGGUUCAGGUGUAGCAUCCCUGUUGUAAUCAUGGGGGAGACGGGGUGUGGGAAAACGAGGCUCAUCAACUUCCUCUGUGAACUACAGAAGAGAGCAGUGACCACGCAGAAUAUGAAGCUAGUCAAAGUGCACGGAGGAACUAGCUCAGACAUGAUCUACACCAAUGUCAGAGAGGCAGAAGCCAUUGCUUAUGAAAACAAACAAAGAUAUGGCUUUGAUUCUGUUCUCUUCUUUGAUGAAGCAAACACAACAGACGCCCUCAGCAGUAUUAAGGAGGUCAUAUGUGAUCAUACUGUAGAAGGAGAACCUUUGCAAUCCCAAUGUGGCUUGCAAAUCAUUGCAGCAUGCAACCCUUACAGAAAACACACAGAUGAGAUGAUUCACAGAUUGGAGUCAGCUGGCCUAGGAUACAGAGUCCGAGCUGAAGAGACAGAUGAAAAGUUGGGGUCCAUCCCUCUCCGCCAGUUGGUGUAUCGAGUCCAGGCUUUGCCCCCAAGCAUGAUCCCUCUGGUGUGGGACUUUGGACAGCUCAAUGAUCACACUGAAAAUAUGUACAUCAAGAAAAUUGUCAAGAGGGUGGUUCAGACCAACAUGAUCAAUGUGACAUAUGCAAGUUGGAUCACAAAUGUCCUGUCGGCUUCACAGAGGUACAUGCGGAGAAGGAAAGAUGAAUGUGGCUUUGUGAGUCUCAGGGAUGUCGAGCGUUGCAUGCAAGCUUUUGUCUGGUUUUACAAAAACCAUAAGAUGCUACUUGCUGAUCUCUGGGAGUUUGAGAGAAAUCGAAAUGCAGAGAGGCGUGAAGAAAUCCGAAGAGAUCCAGUCUUGUGGUCUCUGGUGAUGGCAGUGGGCGUGUGUUACCACGCCUGCUUGGAAAACAAAGAAGGGUACAGACAAAAUAUCUGCAAGUAUCUCACUGGAAUAUACACCCCAUUGAAGGUGAUGCAGGAAAUUUCACUCAUGCAGGAUCUUUUCCUGAGUGGAGUGCCACUGGGGGAAACAAUUGCACGAAACAAUGCUCUGAAAGAGAACGUCUUCAUGAUUGUUAUCUGCAUUGAGCUAAGAAUCCCUCUCUUCUUGGUAGGGAAACCCGGGAGUUCUAAAUCGCUGUCUAAAACCUUGGUGGCAGACGCCAUGCAGGGUCAAGCCGCACACUCUGACCUCUACAAAAGGCUGAAACAGAUUCACCUGGUGUCCUUCCAGUGCAGCCCUCACUCCACACCGGCGGGCAUCAUCAAUACGUUCAAGCAAUGUGCUCGUUUCCAGGAGGGAAAGAACCUGAAGGAGUACAUAUCUGUGGUGGUGCUGGAUGAAAUUGGAUUGGCUGAGGACUCUCCCAAAAUGCCCCUGAAAACCCUCCAUCCUCUGCUGGAAGAAGGAUGCAUUGAUGAUGAGCCAUUGCCACACAAGAAGGUUGGAUUCAUUGCCAUUUCCAACUGGGCUUUGGACCCCGCGAAGAUGAACAGAGGGAUCUUUGUUUCACGCGGUGACCCUGACGAGAAGGAGCUGAUUGAGAGUGCAAAAGGCAUAUGCUCGUCUGACACAAUGAUUUUGGAGAAAGUCAGAGAUUUCUUUCAACCCUUUGCCAGGGCCUUCCUGAACAUCAGUCCAGAAAAAGGCAAAGGUUUCUUUGGUUUGCGUGACUACUACAGCUUAAUCAAGAUGCUUUUCGCAAUUACCAAGGCCUCAGAGCAGAUCCCUAGUGCAGAGAAGAUUGUGGAGGCGGUACUGAGGAACUUCAGUGGAAGAGAUGAUGUGGACGCGGUCACAGUCUUCACCGAAACACUUAAGAUCAAUCCAAAUCUGGAGAGGAUCAGUGCCAUUGAGCUUGUGAGACAAAACAUCUCAGCUCAGGAGGAAGAGUGCCGCUAUUUGCUGCUACUGACCAAAAACUACGCAGCUUUACAGAUCCUGCAGCAGACUUUCUUCUCCGAGAGCUGCCAGCCUGAGAUUAUCUUUGGGUCCAGCUUCCCCAAGGACCAAGAGUACACCCAGAUCUGCCGCAACAUCAACCGAAUCAAGAUCUGCAUGGAAACCGGUCGAACCGUCGUGCUCUUGAACUUGCAGAACCUAUACGAAAGUCUCUACGAUGCUCUCAACCAAUACUACGUUUGCUUAGGAGGCCAAAAGUACGUUGAUCUGGGACUGGGGACCCAUCGUGUCAAAUGCAGAGUGCACAAAGACUUCAGGCUCAUUGUCAUUGAGGAUAAAGAGGUGGUCUAUAACCAGUUUCCAAUCCCUCUUAUCAACAGGCUUGAGAAACAUUACCUGGAUAUCCAUACUGUCCUUAGUAAAGAACAAAGGGAAAUAGUUGGGGACUUGGAGAGAUGGGUUGGACAGUUUGUAGAUCUUCGACAAAGCUCACCUGCACCGCAGGCCUUCAACUACCAACCUCCUGAUGUUUUCAUUGGCUUCCAUGCGGACACGUGUGCCUCGGUGGUUCGUCAAGUGACCGAGAAACAGAGGGGAGACAUGGACAUCCCAGACCGACAAAGAAGAGUACUAGAUGAGGCCAAACUCAUCCUGGUGAACUGUGCCACUCCGGACUCUGUGGCUCGGCUGGACUGCACAGGGCUCUCUAAAGUGGAGAUCGACCAUCUGACCAGGUUCUACUAUGAAGAGAGGAAGCACAGCUCUUUGGCUGACUUUGUCUGUCACACACAACAGGUUGAGCAGAGCCCUUCCUGCUUCAUAGAGGUGACAACAUUUUCCAGACUGUUGACAGAAUCGGAUAUUGGACCGCUGAAGGAGGUGGUGCACAAUGUAGAGCUCCUGUCACUACAGCAGUUUGACACAGAGCUCUCUUUCCGCAAGAAGAUCAGGGAAUUUCUGACACCUGGAGAUGCAUCUAGCAACAAACUACUCAUUAUUCAGUCAGAUUUGUAUGAAGCAUCACACAAUGCAAGUGUCAUUGCAUCAGCAAAGUACUCUGCCAUAAAUGAAAUCAACAAAUCAAAACAUGAGGAGUUUGAAGGCAAGGUGUUUGUCUACUUCAUUACCAAACUGUUCAGAUUGGACAGUGGCACUUCCUUUGUUGGAUUUCAUGGAGGGCCCUGGAGAUCUGUUCACAUUGAUGACCUCAGAAGAUCCAAAGAUAUUGUUUCAGAUAUCAGAGUCUUGCGGAACCUUGCCAUCUGUCAACUGUUUGAGGAAAGGCGGGAUCAGCCUCAAGGUUUGGAUGACAUGUACACUGGGACAGAUAAGCAUGACAUGGAAUUUGAAGGCCAAACGGCCUGGAAGGAUGUCCUGGACACCACACUGUUGCUGCGUAGCUGUGUGCAGAGCGCAGUGGGCAUGCUCAGAGAUCAGAUGGAGGGUGGGUUCCGCAACACCAGGAGAGUGGAGAUCCUACUGACUCUCCUGACUGACAACGAAGAAAAACAAGGAACAGCUGGAUUUCUGAGUAUUGUUAAGAGACGGCUCCACUCUUUACUGGAAACCCGGGAAAAGAACACUAACUUAACAAAAAACUGGGUCAUUAGUGAGGCUUCCAACAUUGAUGCCUUGCAUGAGGGAGGGACAUUUAGACAAACCCUAUGGAAACGACUACAGGCGGUGGUCAUUCCACUUCUGGCACAACUGGUCUCUGUCAUUGACCGUGACGGUAAUCUAGACCUCCUGCUGGACACCAACUCUGAAGAGCCAAUAAAAAGAUUGUGGUUAGACAUCUUUGGGGACGAUAAACUUCUUGAUGUCCCCUUUCCCUAUUCUAGUGUGGACAACAAUGCUAUGUCCAAGACCUUCCUGGUCCAGAAUAACAUCCCAAUAGACAAGAAUAUCAGCUGCAUCAUGCCCUUCAGCUGGAGGAUCAAGGACUACCUGAAUGAGCUGUGGAUUUAUGCUCUGCAACAUGAAGGCCAAAGUCAGAGGCAGUUGGAGGAGUUUUUUGGGAAGACUCCUCUGGGCCGCUACAUUGCGAUGGCGGACAAUGAGAUGCAGACAGAGCUUUUCCACAGAUACCUGCAGGAUUUCAUUACCAUGACCAUGAAUGUGACUUGUGCAGAGGACCUACAGCUCCUUUGUGGCGCCUUGACCUGUUGUGUGAACGAGCUGCGACUAGGUCAUGAUGCUAUGUGUACGGAGGUGGCCUCUCUGCCCUGGGUCCAUGAUGCCUACAACCAGUUUAAGAACCGCCUACAGAACUUGUCCAGAAUGAUCAGCAUCCCCCGAGUGGGUCAGGGCCUCCUGGCGAACACGCACAUCAGAGAAGGGAUGGAGCUGGUCCUGGACGUGUAUGCGGCCUUGGCCUGUGUGGAACACCUGGAGCCUCAGGCUCUGGACACAGAUGCCCAGCGGCUACACUGGCUCAGGCAGGUCAAGAGACUCCAGGUGCCCAUAGAGCUGGUCUGCUCUGAGGAGAGUCGUAGACACUAUGGGGAGAGAAGCAAGGCCAUGGUCUGCAGAGUCCAGAGCAGAUGGAAUCGUCUCUUCGUCCUGUCUCUAUUUGUGGAGCACUUGUUGCUGGGCGUCGAGAAAGUGGACAAGAGGCUGAAGCCUUUCGUUUUGGCAUCCGUACGACGGUUGUGCCACGUACUGGAGAGGGAUGCCGACGUUAAAAUGAAACAGGCGUUUGAGGAAGUACUCAAUGUACUUAAGGCCUGCAGAGAAGAAGCAGUUGAAUACAAAUGGAAUGCCAAGCAGUUCAAGAAGAAGUGCAGUGCUUUCUUCAUUGACCUGGUCUCUACGGUUUGCUUCAAGGACAACUGUCCGCCCUGUACAGCCAUCAUCCUCCACCUGUUGUCCUUCCUCACAGUGGAGGCUCGAUCUAGUCCUGUCAUCACAGGACGUCGACAGAUUCAGAGGCGCUCUCGCUUUGAUCAGUCUGUGGACAACAUCCAGUGGUUCGUUGGAUCGGUUUGGUUUUUAUUCAUCAAACUGCUUCACCUGCUCUUCCACCUGCUGAACUUACUCAUGGUAGAGGCUCAGUCUGCCUUCAAUAUCACAGGACCUUUUCGCAGACCAACCAAGACAAUCUCUCCCUUCGGUGUUGAUGUGGACAAGAGUCCAGUGGUUUGGUCAGUCGUGCUGAAACUCCUGCUCAAGUACAGCUUUGAUGAUGUCAAAGGUCACCUGCAGCAGCAUCUGACCGAAGUUGAGAAGAGUGACAUCUUGGAGGAAUCAAGAAAAACGGAACUUUAUUCCUUAUACAUAAACUGCAUGGAGGACUCCUUGCAUGAGAAGAUGCAGUGUCGUACAACGGUGUCGCAGCAGGAGUGUCUACAGAAUGAGAGCGUCUUCCUGAGUGACUUCCUGCGCUCAGGCGCUGCGUCUCGACAGAUGGCCACUAUAGAGUGCCUCCAGCAGGUGGCCAGGUUACGCAUGUGUCUGGAUAUGGCUGGGAAUCUAUUGGGAGACAAACAACGGUUGAGUGCCACAGAGAGAGAAUUCCUGACCAGCGUGGGAGAACUGUGUAAGCGCAGUGGGAAUGACUGGUAUCGGGUCUACCUGAUCCGUAAGAUCUGCAACCAGCACGGAGUGGAGUAUGUCCAACACUUCCUGACAGUGGCAGAUAUGCAGUGGCUGUUCCCUCGCGAGGUCCUGCAGAAGAAUCCAGAUGGCAGCCAGAUUGACCAGUAUCUUGUUUGUGGAGAGGAUUAUAAGACCAUCCGAGAUGUGGUUGCCAAAGCAAUACUGGAGGGCAAAAUUAAGGAUAUAGAUCGUGCUUGUAAGGGUUCUUCGUGUCCAAAAAAUAAGAGGACAAUAUACCUGCUUUUGGCUCUGUUCAGAGAGGUCACCUGUCUCUAUAGAGCAGGCAAUCCCAACCUCCAUCCAAACUCUGAGUUUUGUCAAACACUGGUGGAUUUCAUCGAGGCCUCAACGUUUCUUGCAAGCCGAAAUGUGAAGGAAUUCGCCCUGGACCUGGUAACCAACCGGCUGGGUCCCCUGACUGUCCAGACUGGGGCCUCUGGUGCCCAGUGGGUGGUGGUGGAGCUGGCCAUCCACUUGUCUGCAGUGCUGCUCUGUGGGAACCAGGGCCUACUGAUACCCCUCCAGCAGCUGGCUUUUUCCCCUACUAACAUGCAGAGAGCCUUCAUACCCACCAUGCCGGAGGACAUGCUUGCAGUUGUACGCCAGGCCAUUAGAGGGAUGUCGUGGUACAAUUGUCCGAAUGGUCACCCUUGCGCCAUUGGUGAGUGUGGCAAGCCCAUGGAGACGAGCCGUUGUGUGGACUGUGGAGCUGAGAUCGGAGGGCGCGGCCACAAUCCUGUCGCGGGCUUCACUACUGCUCGGAUCCGAGGUGACAGUACUGAGACUGGCCACGUCCUGGGAGACCCUCGGCGGAGGGACCACCCAGACAUGCAGGACACAAAGAGCAUGUCCUCUGUUCCUUUCAACCUGGUCCGGCUUCUCACCCACAUAGCCAUGCUACUAGGAGCCAGAAGUAACCCACAGGCCAUUGCUGCUAUCAUCAAGCCCCAAGUCGCUGACCCCAGUUUGUUCCUCAUGGGUCACCUGCUGAAAGACAUGGAACACGUGAUUAGGUUUAUGGGGAAGGGGAGAGAUGACACAGUCAAUGCCAUCCACCUGCUGAUCAGUAGCCUACUGAAGCCUCACCGUCGUGGGUGUGCUGAUAAUCAUCUCUCUACCAAAGAGGCCAGAAACGACUGGGAGAUGACAGUCGGUAAUGAAAUAAUCUCCCCUCAGCUGAAGGACCUGGAUUGGCGGCUGCAAGAGGUGAAUGCCUUCAUCAGGGAUGACUCAAGGUUGUCCUCCAAUCCUAUCAUGAGGGUGUUGUCUCCGGAGCCACGCCUGUUCCUGACCUCGCUGCCCCACAACUCCCAGAUCCACAGCUCAGCGGUGUGGAACUGCAGGGAGAGGGUGUCCCUGCUCAGCCUCACCCGCGCCGUGGAGCAGAACGACGGAGGAAACACCCUGCCAGUGCUCUGGAGGUUCCUGCACAAGGAGGCAGAGCUGCGGUUGCUGAAGUUCAUCACUGACAUCCUGGAACUGCAGGGAAAUCUGGUGAAGACGUGUCGGAAUGUGACUGACCUGUCCCACGGCACUAUUGCCAAAUUCCUCCAGAGACAGGAAUCAGUUCCGCUGAGAGCCUGGCAUGAGAAACGGAUCAACAUCUUCCUGACAACAUGGAAUCAGCUUAGGGGCUCGCUGGCAACCAAUGGAGAGAUUAAGAUCCCUGUUGAGUUCUGCCGGAAGGAUCUGGAUAUGACCAGCGACUUCCGGGUCCUGUUGCCACGGCGUCAAGGUCCUGGUCUCUGCUCCACAGCCCUGGUCAGCUACCUCAUCGCCCUGCAGAACGAGCUGGUCUACUGUGUGGACAAGCACCUUGGAGAGGAGACUAGCUUUAAAGUGAGCCCGGCGGACCUAACGGACCUGCAUGUGAUUCAGUAUGAUCUGGAGAGGGACCUGCUGCCGCUGAUCCUGUCCAACUGUCAGUACAGCAUGAAGCAAGGCAAGGAGACGCUGCACGAGUACGACCUGUCCAACAUCCAGCAGCAGAUCCUCUCCCGCUUCUUGCAGGGCAGGCCCAUCAUCACCCUCAAUGGAAUCCCAACACUGGUGAACAGACAUGAUCGAAUUCAUGAAAUUAUUCUGAAGGACAUGAGAGGAAAGAUUGAACAAGUGCCUCUGCCCUCGCGGGCCCUGUCGACACUAGUUGGAGAGCUGAAGUCGUACAAUGAGGUGUGUGAGGCCCUCUCCACCGUAGAGGUGGCCCUGGGGUUCCUGGCUAUGACCGGGGGAGAACCCCACAUGCAGCUGGGCAGCUACCUGGAGGAGGUGCUGCAGAUGGGAGAUCAAACGGCUCCACACAUCCUAACGGCCCUGGGCAGAUACUAUCUGAAGCAUUGUUUGGCACUGUGGCAGCUCCUGACAUCACUCAAAUCAGAAAACAUGCUGUGGCUCAAGAGGGACCCAUUUGAAGGGAUCUCAGAAGAGUACAGGAAGGCCCUGGGAGAGGAAGAGCACAGGCUGCUCACUGGGUUCUUUAAUAAAAGCAGCGCUGAUUCCAUCCUGCUGGAGAUGCACGAGUUCCUGAUACUGGUCCUGAAGGGUCCCCGCGCAUCUGACACCUACAGGCCUGACUGGAGUCUGAAAGACACACUUGUGGCCUACCUGGAGCGUAAGAACCUGGACAUCCCACCUGACGUUGAGGAGUUCUUCCCUGAAGAGAUCGACCUGUCUCAGUACAUCGAAGCCUGGAAGUUCGCUGUGGCAUUGAAACGGGAGAGAAGUCAACGUUGAGGAGUUUUUCCCUGAAGAGAUCGACCUGUCUCAGUACAUCGAAGCCUGGAAGUUCGCUGUGGCAUUGAAACGGGAGAGAAGUCAACGUUGAGGAGUUUUUCCCUGAAGAGAUCGACCUGUCUCAGUACAUCGAAGCCUGGAAGUUCGCUGUGGCAUUGAAACGGGAGAGAAGUCAGAGGUAGCUCCAACCUCACACACUUGCUCAUUGAUUUAAUUAUGCAAUGAAAAAACGAUAUGUUGCAAACCACAAAUGUAAACAUAACUGGAGCCCCCUUGUCAUUAGUGAAGGAAGGUUACUGUUACUGUCUCCUAGCGAGCUAAACGGCUACCUCCAGAACGCAUAACCACAGAACGCAGUGUGGGUUCCCAUCCGGCCCAAUGCUAUUUCAGCAAAAACUCUCUGUACACAGUAUCUUUCCCACUGUCUCUCCUCUAUCCAAUAAAGCUUUUUUUAAAUGCUAAAAGAAAAAGAAAAAAGUUACCAGCAACAGAUAAUAGCAAAGUGAAGUUGAAUAAGUGAAUUUUGUUUCGCCAUAAGUAGGUUAGUUAGCCAGAGUUAUGUGCAUUUAUUUACAGCCAUCUACCACUCGUACUCACUUUUCUUCAUGCCUCCAAAAUGCUGAGACUCUAGUUAUGUCAAGGUUCUGUCAAUGGAGGACCAGAUGAUGGCAUUCCAGGCCUUUACAUGUUUUUAUUUUAUAUUUAAAAGAAUUGGGGGAAUAAUUACUUUUAUUAGAUUUACUUUAACUUCAAUUAAAUGUAGGUUGGUUAGGCCUACUGUCAUCAUAGUUUCUGACGAAUCACUAGCUUUUAAAUGUGUAAUAAGUCAAUUAAACACAAGAAUCGGGAACAUUGUCAGUGAAGAUUUGUGAAGAUUUGUGAAAAUAUGUAGUAAGGAAAAUGCAUAGAGUUAGAUAGAGGACUCAUCUUUGUAUUUGUGCCAUUGUAGUGUCUGUAACAGAAUGGACAGUGCCAUUGUAGUGUCUGUAACAGAAUGGACAGUGCCAUUGUAGUGUCUGUAACAGAAUGGACAGUGCCAUUGUAGUGUCUGUAACAGAAUGGACAGUGCCAUUGUAGUGUCUGUAACAGAAUGGACAGUGCCAUUGUAGUGUCUGUAACAGAAUGGACAGUGCCAUUGUAGUGUCUGUAACAGAAUGGACAGUGCCAUUGUAGUGUCUGUAACAGAAUGGACAGUGCCAUUGUAGUGUCUGUAACAGAAUGGACAGUGCCAUUGUAGUGUCUGUAACAGAAUGGACAGUGCCAUUGUAGUGUCUGUAACAGAAUGGACAGUGCCAUUGUAGUGUCUGUAACAGAAUGGACAGUGCCAUUGUAGUGUCUGUAACAGAAUGGACAGUGCCAUUGUAGUGUCUGUAACAGAAUGGACAGUGCCAUUGUAGUGUCUGUAACAGAAUGGACAGUGCCAUUGUAGUGUCUGUAACAGAAUGGACAGUGCCAUUGUAGUGUCUGUAACAGAAUGGACAGUGCCAUUGUAGUGUCUGUAACAGAAUGGACAGUGCCAUUGUAGUGUCUGUAACAGAAAGGACAGUGCCAUUGUAGUGUCUGUAACAGAAUGGACAGUGCCAUUGUAGUGUCUGUAACAGAAUGGACAGUGCCAUUGAGGCGAUCUCCAAUUUUGAAGUAGUCAAUUUUCUUCUUCUUUUGUGUUUAUAAAUAUAUAUAUUAUAACACACACACAAAUAUUGGUGAUGUACUGGCCCCACCAGUGCUGAAGUCUUAAAUUAAAUGAUGUGUGUCAUUCCAGUUUACUAUUUUAAAAUUGUGGAAGCCUUAAAUAUCAAUGCUAAAAAAGGGUUAUAUUCAUUUAGAGUCUUACUUACUUACUAUGGUAAAAUGUCAGCAACAAAACAUAUACCAGUUACACCUCCGACAUCGCAAUGAUAUGCUAUGCAGUUUAAUGGAGAUCUGAUUAAAUUUAGAUGAUAUGCUAUGCAGUUUAAUGGAGAUCUGAUUAAAUUUAGAUGAUAUGCUAUGCAGUUGAAUGUAGAUCUGAUUAAAUUUAGAUGAUAUGCAGUUGAAUGUAGAUCUGAUUAAAUUUAGAUGAUAUGCUAUGCAGUUGAAUGUAGAUCUGAUUAAAUUUAGAUGAUAUGCUAUGCAGUUUAAUGUAGAUCUGAUUAAAUCUAGAUGAUAUGCUAUGCAGUUUAAUGUAGAUCUGAUAAAAUCUGCAUGAUAUGCUAUGCAGUUUAAUGGAGAUCUGAUUAAACUUAGAUGAUAUGCUAUGCAGUUUAAUGUAGAUCUGAUUAAAUCUAGAUGAUAUGCUAUGCAGUUUAAUGGGGAUCUGAUUCAAUCUAGGCCUUAGUCUAGACUUGAAGUAUUGUCAAUUUGAUCAAUUGAAGUUAUUUUAUAUUGCAGUUCGGCAUUGAUCAUGAAUCUCAAGGAUGAAAUUGGUUUGUGAAAAAUGUAAUUGUACUUAUUAAAACAAUGAUUGAAACAAAAUCA